CUGAUUUGCAACCCGCCGAAGCAGCAGCGGAGAAGGAGGAAAAAUGUCGCUGGCGUCGACGCGGACCGUUCUAGGAUCAGUGUCCUUUUAGGAAACUACAAACGGCAAUUCGGGUGAAACUUCUGCUGUGGUGUUUCUAUGACAGAUUAUAAGCUUCAUGAAACUGUACAAAGAAGGUGAAACAGUUUCAAUGUCGGAGGUUUUAGCUGGACUACAGAGAGAGUCACCUUACAUUCUCCUUUAGUCAGCUCAGCUUCAACCCUGAACACCUAAGAACACAGGAGGGUACUGUAACACUACAUGGGCCUGUAAGGUAACCUGAUCUGAUAAUUAAAGCCUCUGGAGCCUAAAGGUAAAGUUUCAGUGACGACAUGGACCCGUCUACUCGGGUGGUGGGUCUGGAUGGCCAGGGGAACAUGGUUUUCACUGUGGUCAAACCAGUGAUGGGCAUCUUCCAGGUGUCUUCAGAGCAAACAGGGAGUGUGGCACAGGGGGGCAUGGGGCUGCAGGGUUUAUCUGAAAACACAUUGAUCCUCCCUCAAACGCAAAACCAGGCUCCGCUAGACCAGAACCAGAUGGAUAUGCACUCCAUGCAGCCUCACAUCCAGAUGCCCCAGAUGCAGGUUUCUGCCCCGGCCCAGAGUGAGGCUGUGUCCCAGAUUCAGGAUCCACAGCCGAACUCAAGCACAAACACAGAGUCUGGUACACACAUGCCUUUUGCAGAGGUGUCGUCGCUCCUGGAUCCCAACAUGAAAGGAUCGAAGGCUCGGAAAUAUCUCAUCUCGUAUGAUGAAAUCAAACGGCGCCUGCAGGCUCCAGAGAAGAUGUCCCUGCGCUCCCUGGCAGCCUACACUCGGGUCAGCAGAGGCCCAGCCAGCAAGAAAACCCUUCUGGAGUCACUCAAUGUCCUCGGCCUCACGCCAAGCACAACUACCUCUGUAUCCUCCUCCUUCUCCAAACUCACUGAAGGCGACACCAGAGCAUUGUGUGAUGAUAUGAAGGACUUCGCCCAUGACUACAUCGACUACAGCAACAUGGCGAAACAGCUCAUCCCUGAGACAAACACAGUUCAACACUGGUCCAAAAUUAUUGAAACCAAGAACCACCUGGAGGAUAUGAGAAAAUGUUUCAAGGACCCAGUGAACAGCGGAGCGUUUGACAAUGUAACUCACGGUCUGGGUCUGGGAAUGUUGGACGUGGCACUGGACAUGAUCGUCAUGGUAAUUGAGCAGCAGAUUCGUAUCCUGUCUGGCGCAGCGGCAUCAGACCCAGUUGACUCUGGUCCGCCUCUGCGGCGCAUCCGCAGGCGCCACCGCAAAACCCACUCAACUGACGAGAGCCCUAACAAAGUGUCUGGAGGGAUCAAAGAUCAAGGGAAGGCCAUUUCUAAAGGCAAGGGGCGAGGCCGAGCCAAGAAGAAGAUGAGGCAGGAAGCUGGAGCUGCUGGUCCCGUGGAGACCCAAGCAGAGCAGUGCAAGCCGGACGAUGUGGAGAGUAACGUCCUCACCCUGGUGUCGGUUGGAUAUGAGACUGUUUCCAGUGGUCUCAACGCAGCCGGAACUGUUUGACACAUGGUCACAUGACCGGUCCAAGAGCCAAUCAUGGUCCCAUUCAUAGGGAUACUCAGAGAUGAGACACGAGUUCUGCACAAGUUGAGCUGGGCGGACGAAGCUGUGGUGAGCUCAGCAUCAGCGUAUAGUGUCACAGCUUCAGUCCAGCGUAAAGGAAUAGUUUGACAUUUUGGGAAACACAUCUAUUAGCUUUUUGAUAUGAGUUAGAUGAGAAGAUUGAUAACACUCUCAUGUCUGUACGGUUAAUAUGUAGCUGGAGCCAGCAGGAGGUUAGCUGAGCAUAAAGACCAGGCCUGUAACUAUUAUUUUCAGUAUUUUCCUUUUUAAAGAUUAUUUUUUUGGGCAAUUUGCCUUUGUGAGAUAGGAAAGCUCUAGUGUGAAGGGUGGAGACAGAGAAGAUGACAUGCAGCAAAGGGCCGAGGUUGGAAUUUAACCACUUGUCGAUAAAAUGUCGGGCCAGGGUGACGUCUUCAGAUGUUAUUUUAUCCAAAAAAAUCCAGAGUUAUUCAGUAAAUGAUAAUGUAUGACAAAAGUAAAGCAUCAAAUUCUGACAUUUAAGAAGCAUCAGCCCAGCAAAUGUUUGGCUUUCACCUCAGAAAAUAACUGAAACAAUUAUUUGAUUAUCAGAAUAGUUGCCAUUUAAUUUUCUGUUGAUCGACAAACUGAUCGACUGAUCUUUGCAGCUCUAAUAAAGACUGGACACAGGGGAAACAGCCAGCCUGGCUCUGACCAACAUUUACAGAAUACACUCGCCAGCAACGUGAAUGCUGAAAACUAAGCAAGCAGCAGGAAUUGAGGCUCGCCACAAUAAUUACAUUUGUCUUCGGCUGGGUGGCGUGUUCGUAUGUUUCAGGCUGGAAAAUAAUUCUUUGUAUCACAGGUCAACUGUUGACUGAUUGGCUGCUGGUUUUCUCUGGUCACUAUUCACUGCCAAAAUUUAAACGGCUGCAGUUCUCUGAGCUCGUAGCGGCAGCUGCAACUUAACACGAACUUUCUUGACUGUUUGGUUUUUGCAAAAAAUUGAAGGGUAGUAGGUGUUAAUAAGAGGUUCAAAAGUUCGAGUAGGCAGAUUUCGUUUCCGUUGGACAGAGGCAGGCGAGCGGUUUCCUCCCCUUUUCACUCUUUAGGCUGCAUUCACAACAAAUCAGGUGUUGCGGCAAAAACACCACUGCUCCCAUAUAUUUGAAUGUGGGUAAUGCAUUAAGGUUGCGGCAGUGGGGCCCCAGGGAAUACCAACAAAUAAAUAAAUGCAGCGGCAUGUGACAACAAGUUGACACAGAAUCAGCUUUUGGGGAAAUGCAACUGGGCGUCAUACUGCAUACUACUCCCCCCUCCUCCAUUACGUCCUUGUUACGUCUAUGAUAGACGUAGGCGUUGGCAUGGUAACGUUAGAUACACGGAAGAGGAGAGCGAGUGUAACGUUACAACCAAGACAGUCAAACACAACCCCGGAGUUUUAAAGCUCAACCGUGCUCAAGCUCAAAGUCAGUGAUGACUGAUGAGUUUUAGAAUAAGGUUACAGUGCUAAUGUUAGAUAGUAGUGUUAACGUUAGUAGUAAGUGGAAACGCACAAGGGAGAUAACGUUAAUGUUUCAGAGGCUACACUACAGUAGGCUAACGCUAGCCAUUAGCAACUGGAUGUCAUAUAACGUUAUAUGUUAUAUUAGAAGCAAACUAAACAUAAUGUUACCUACAGAGUUUGGAAACUUUUCCGGAGUCAGUGAUGACUGAUGAGUUUUAGAAUAUAACGUAAAUGCUUACGUUAGAUAGUACUGGCAGCUUGUUUUGUUUUUUUAACUGUGUCUUGUAAGGUGUCCUUGAGUGCUUUGUAAGGCGCCUUUAAUUAAAAUGCAUACGUAUUAUUAUUAAUAUAUGUACUGUACAGACAUGAGAGUGCUAUCGAUCUUCUUCUCUAACUCUUGACAAGAAAGCUAAUGAACACAUUUCCCAAAAUUCAGAGCUCUUCCUUCAAGUGAAUCCUCUGUUUUCUAGUAGCAGGUUUUGUAUGUGUGCAGUCUAACUGAGUCCAUAUAAAUAUAUAUAUUAUUUUUUUAUGCUAUGUUUUCAGUGAACAGACAAAAAUCCCCACCGAUGUAUAAAUGUAAACACACUGAACACUGUUAUGUAGAACAGAUAUAUCAGAGGUCAGGAUUAUAUUUUUUUGCUGGUGUUACAAUGUCUCCUGUUUCCCUGUCGUAUUUAUUGGUUAGAUUUCCAUUAAACAUCUGUCGUUCUGUACGAGACUGUUGGAAAUAUUUUGUUUUUACUGGAACCUGAA